UUAUCACACAGAGACUUUGUUCCUGACUGCAUCACAUAAACAUUUGGGAAAAUGUGUCACCUCCUCCUACUGCUCAUUCUGGGGGUGUCUGGGGGUCACUGUGGCAGUCACAUGCUACAAUAUUAUCUCACUGGGGUCUCAGAGCCAGGACAUGGGCUGCCUGUGUUUGUUACAGUUGGUUACGUGGAUGAGAAGCAGAUAAUGAGAUGUGAUAGUGACUCUCCCAGAGCCCGACCUGCUGUUCAGUGGAUGGAGACGGUGGAGGAGGAUCCUGGUUACUGGGAAAGACAGACACAGGGAUGUAAAGGCGAUGAGGCUAUAUUCAAACACAAUGUGAAGACAGUGAUGAGCCACCUCAACCAGACAGCAGGUUUUCAUUCUGUGCAGAGGAUGUACGGCUGUGAGCUGUAUGAUGACGGCAGCACCAGGGGGUAUACACAGUACGGUUAUGAUGGGAGAGAAUUCUUCACCCUGGAUACAGACAGAUGGAUCUAUGUCCCUAUAAUGACUAAGGCUCAGCUCACUACACAGAGAUGGAACAGCCCAGAGGUCGGUCAGGCUGAGAGUAGCAAGAAUUACCUACAGGGGCUGUGUAUCGAGUGGCUGAGGAAAUACAUCAGAGCUGGGAGCGCGGAGCUGGAGAGGAAAGUUCUCUCACAAGUGAAGGUUUCCGGUCACCAAUCAGACACUGUGACAAAGCUUCACUGCCGGGUGUACGGGUUUUACCCUAAAGCUGUGGAUGUCAAGUGGGUGAAGAACGGAGAAAUCGAUUUAAUGUCAGAGGAGGCAGCACAGGUCCUCCCCAACCCUGAUGGGACCUAUCAGCUCAGGGUCACUGUGGAGGUGAUACCUAAGGAUGGGGACAGUUUCUCCUGUCAUGUGGAUCACAGCAGCCUGAAGGAGCCACUUACUGUGCUUUGGGAACCCAAGAAGUCCCAGUCCCAUCUGUACAUCAUUAUUGGUGUAAUUGUAGCUGUACUUAUCGCAGCUGUUGUUGGCGGAUACUUUGUAUACAGGAAGAAGAAUCCUUAUACAAUUGCUUCAAAUAAGGAUUCCUCUCCAAAUAAUGAUUCCUCUCCAAAUAAUGAUUCCUCUCCAGCUUCAUCCACUGCCUGAGUGGCCACAAGUCACACACAGACAAGUGACAAAUACUGAAGGAUCCAUCAGAAAUUUAGUGGGAGGAGUCACAUCCCUUCUUGCGUGCGCUGUGUGUUUAUAUCAUGCACAUACAGCGGACUGUGUCACAUACACAUCUGUAAUAAGCCGAUUUUACAUUAUAUGUCAUUUUUACUGUCAUUCCUCUAUCUGCUCUAAAUUCAUCUCACACACAAUUAUGUCAUUCAGUACAUUAUUCAUUCACUUACUGAACUAGGAAUUUAGGAGCAAGUUUGUUUAUUUGUAAUUUUAAUUUAAAUAGUGGGGGGUUUUCUUGGAAUUUGCAGAACUAAUGAAGAUUUGUAAAAACAUUUCCAAUUCUUUAUGUCAAGAGCUAAAUCUUUAAAACAGAUACAUUGGGGCCGAUUUUAUAUUAUUUAUGCCCCUGUUUUCGUGCAAGCCUUCAGGCUCACCGGAAACAGCAGUUAUGAAGCUGUGGUCUAAAGACCACUGCUCCAUAACUGGUCCGCCUGCUCUGAGGCUGCGGACAUCAAUCCGCCUGAUCCUAUACGAUCGAGAUGAUUGACACCCCCUGCUAGCGGCCGAUUGACCCCAAAUCUGCGGGGGGCGGCAUUGCACAAGCAGUUCACAAGAACGGCUUGUGCAAUGAUAAAUGCCGGCAGCGUAUGCUGUCGGCAUUUAUCGAUGUGCGGCGGACAUGAUACGCUACAUUGUAUCAUGUCUGCUCACACUAUAAUAAAUCGGCCCCAAUGUCUGAAAAUCCAGUUUUUUUUAUAUCAUCCCGAAUACAUCAUAUAACAACAACGCCUGACAGUUUAUUACACAUGAAUUACUGGGCUACCUAUGUUAAACUGAGUACAGUGCAAGUAUACUCACAGUAUAGACAGCAGCGCAUAUGUAACAACUAUAUCUAAUACAUAAGCAUUACAUGAUCAGUUAGCAAUUAAAUGCUGGUAGUUUGCAAAAACUGAAUCUGGUUUUAAUUUGAAUUUAAAUUUGAAAAGGAAAAAUCCUGCUAUACCCAGAGCUAAUAUUUGUACAGUGUUUUAUAUAAAUAUAAGAAAAAUAGCUAAUUUUAGGUUAAAGUCAUUGUAUGAUGUUGACAAGUUGCAGGACAAAUAAGUACAAAGCAGAAUCCCUAUAAUUAAUGUAAUUAAUUCUUAACCAACAAAACAUUUGACCAAUCACAUAUCAGUUUUUUUUCUUACAAUAAUGAGAGCACAUUUUAUAAAGUUGCAAGGACACAAAUAUAAAUAUCACACAUAUAAAUUAAUGUGACAUCACAAGUGGCAUUAGUUAUUUUAGACUAUAAAGUAUUUGGAGAGAAUUAAAGGGACAGUAUACACUCAUUUUCAUAUAACUGCAUGUAAUAGACACUACUAUAAAGAAUAAGAUGCACAGAUACGGAUAUAAAAAUCCAGUAUAAAACUGUUUAAAAACUUACUUAGAAGCUGUCAGUUUGGCUCUGUUGGCUGUUAGCUGGAAAGCCCACUGCAAGUGGCAAAUAAGACACUCCCCCCUCCCCCUUCUUUUGCAUAUAAAAAGACCCUUUACACAAACAGGAGCAAGCUGGAGAAGGUAGCUGACGGUAUUCACAUAAAACUUUGGGGCUUGGUUAGGAGUCUGAAAAACAGAGCAAUGUUAUUUAAAAAUAAGCAAAACUAUACAUUUAUUUUUUUUAAAAACUUUAUGGGCUAUAUAAAUAGAUCAACUACAAGACAUUUAUGCAAAGAAAAAAUGAGUGUAUAAUGUCCCUUUAAUGGAUUCACAUUGUUUCAUUUUUGGAGACUCUAAAACAGGGUUGUCCACCUUUUAUCUUUAAGGUCUGUAAAACUUUGUGAUAAAAUCCUAGCACCUCACUUACCUGUGCUCACUUAGGAUGCUCUUUAAGGGACAUUGUACCUUAGAUUUCUCUUUGCAUAAAUGUUUUGUAGGUGAUCCAUUUAUACAGCCCAUCUGGUAGUUUUAAUUGUGCUGAUUUUUAGACUCCUAACCAAGCCCCAAAGUAUUAGAUGCAUACUGAUGUCUACAGAUUCCUGCGGCCACUAUUUCUAUAAUCUCUAUUUUAAUAUGCAGGGAAGGGGAGAGUCUGCUCUUCAUGUUUUCCCAGCCCCCUUCUGUGAGUGUCCCAGCCUAGCUUCAUCAACAGUGCUACACUAGGUGUCAAACUGGGAGUUUCUAUGUACACUUUUAAAAGGUGUUACUGGAUUUUCAGAUCAGUAUCUGUGCAUAUUCUGCUUUAUAGUAGAGUCUAUUAUAUGUAGUAAUAUGAUAAUUGGUGUAUGCUGCCUGUUUAACAUCUGGUUUGUCUGCAAACCUCAAGGAUAAAUAUUGGAAAAACCUGAUCCUAAAACAUACAUAUUGAUCACAAGACUGUCUUUACCCAGGAAUUAUGAUGUAAAUAAUUUAAA